AUGUACAGAUGGGAAUUGGAGUACAAGAACGCUGCUAACUUUGCAGCAUCAGUGGUGAUUUCCGUUGCUGCUGCUAUGAAGAGCAACAGCAGAGGAGGCAGAAGAAGAAGUUCUGGAGAGAAGAGAAACAAUGGAGUGAAUAGCAGCUGCUGCAAUCCUCAACUUGAUCUGCCCUCUCCUCCUUGGCAGCCUCGAUGCCACGCCUCCAAAAGCUGCAGCAGCACGGCUAGCAUUCUUGUUCAUCAUGUCUUUACUAGCUCUGACGAUCGGAACCCAGAAAAGAGAAGUACAAAGUGCGUUUGA